AUGUCGGACUUGUCAGGUCAAUGUGAAGAUGAAUUAUGUUUAAAAAAUCAAUCAAAUCAUAUCGUACGUGUAUUUCCAUGUUUAUAUCAUUGUAAAAAAAUGUUAUGUAUUAAACAUUUAUCUGAACAUGAUAAAUAUAUUGAAAAACAAAUACAAUGUCAAAAACAAUUAGAAUAUGUAUGGAAUAAUUAUAUUUUAUUAUUUAAUGAAGAUAAAAUUGAAGAAGAAUUUCAAAAAUUAAAACUUAAACUUGAAAAAUAUCGAGAAUUAAAUGAAAGUAUUCAAAAUUUAUUAUUAAUUAAAAAUUUUCAUAAUUCAAAUGAAAAUAAUCAAAAAAUUCGAAUGGCUAUUGAAAAAGUACAACAAGCUAUUGAAGAAGAAAAACAAUUACAAUCAAUAGUUGAAAAUAUUAAUCCGAAAAUCGAAUCAGUAAUGAAUCAUGCCGCAGAAAAUCAACGAAUUAUUGAUUUUGGAUCUGAAACUGUCGAUUCUUUACCUUCGAUACUAAAUACUAAUGGAAAUUCGCUCUCAAUUGAACAAGAGAAUGGAUAUGUCUCAUAUGUAGAUCAAUUUAAUGAAUAUAGAAAUUCAAUUGAAUCGGAAGAUGAAGAUAAUACAAUGGAUGAUAGUUCAUUGAACAAAGUUGAAAUUAACCAUACAAAUAAUGUAACUCCAAAUCGAAGUAUUAUUGCAUCCAAAUUACGUGGUUGUUGUCCAUUAACACACGAUGGCGUCUUUGGUAUAAAUUGUCAUAAACAUGGAAUACGUUUAUGUCCAUCAAAACCUUCUUCAAAUCAACGUACAUAUCGUUUACAUCAUCAUUUUCGUCGUGUUCAUCAUUUAACAUCAUUAGCAUCACUUGCACUUGCACGUGCAAUUGGUGCUGGACAAGAUCCAUUGACUACACGAUUAUUUGAUGAUCAUCAUAUAAUUUUAAAUAUUGAUGAACUACGUACAGUUAAUUGUCCAAUACAUAAACCAUUUGUAAAUUAUCCAUUACUUCAAAUAGAAAAUACACCGUGUGAUACAAUAAAACAAGUUCGACAUCUUAAAGAUCAUCUUAAACGUGCACAUCGAUUUACAAAUAAAGCAGCAAAUCUUAUUAUUAAAGCAGUUAAAGAUGAUAUGUCAGUACAUAUGAUACAAUUUCCUCAAUGGAUUGAUAUUAUUGAAGAUGAUAAUCAUUUUUGA